AUGCUAACGCAGGCGGACGUGAAUGACCCCAUCUCGAGUCCCGUGCGUACGGGACGCGAAGAACUGAACGAGGAUGUGCAUCUAGAUGAGCCGAUGGACGAGCGCGCAGAGCGCGACUGGCAGAAUGCCGAGAACGACGACUUUGACCGCCGCGACGCGCGCGAUGCGGAGCAGGAUGACGGGCGCUCGGACCGUGGCUAUGACCGCCGUGACCGCGCGCGUGACUCGCGCCGCGGCCGCGACGACGACGACGACCGUGCGCCGCCGCCCCGCCGCUUCGACGACCGCGACCGCCGCGACCGCUCUGGAUACCCUCCCCGGAACACUCCGCGCGGACCGCCGGCGAACCGCCCGGCCCCGACGCCGUCCAACAUCGUCGGCGCAUUCGGCCUUAGCAUCCGCACGACCGAGCGCGACUUGGAGGACGAGUUUGGGCGCAUCGGGCCAGUGGAAAAGGUGGUGAUUGUGUACGAUACGCGCACGGGUCGCUCGCGCGGAUUCGGCUUUGUGACGAUGCGCGACGUGGAAUCGGCUAGUGAGGCGGUGAAGCAGCUGAACAACAUCGACCUGCAGGGCCGCCACAUCCGCGUCGACUUUUCGAGCACCACCCGCCCGCACGACCCUACGCCGGGCGAGUACCGCGGCAACCCGCGCCUGACAGACGACCGCCCUCCGCGUACGGGCGGCAGCUCGUACCGCGGCAGCGCGUUUAGCGACCGCAGCCGCGGCUAUGGCCGCGACCGCGACUACGACCGCCGCGACCGCGACUUUGGCCGUGACCGUGGCUACGGCCGCGACCGUGACUACGACCGCGACUACGACCGUGGCUACGGGCGCGGUGACCGCGACCGUGACUAUGGCCGCGACCGUGAUUAUGGCCGCGACCGCGACUACGACCGGGACCGCGACUACGACCGCCGCGAUAGUGGCCGGUACGAUGAUCGCCCUCCUCGUUCGUACCGCGACGACCGUGGCCCGCCGCGCCGCCGCGGUGCGCCGUCCGACGCACCGGACUGGCGCCGUGGUGCGAGCCCUGUGCGUGGCUCGUCGCCGCCGCCUCGGCAGCGCUCGCGCAGCCCCCCUCGUUACCGCGACGAAUACGAAGGCGAGCGCAGCCGCGAGCCGCGUGGCUACGAGCCGCGUGGCUAUGACCGCGACGACCGCAGGGACACGCAAGACCGGUAUGCAACCGACGCGCCUGUGCAACGUGACGAAGAGUAA